CUAGCUGUCUCUUUCCCGGGGAGUGUCUAUGUGCCUUUGUCUGGGUGUCUCUCAGAUAGCAGCACAGAGAGGACCUAGAGACAGCUCCGGAGCGGCCAGACCCCAGAUCACAAUCUGGAGAUGUCGGAGUUACAAGAAGUUCAGAUCACGGAGGACAAUGCUCUUAUGCAGGACCCCUUAAAGGCAGCUGAGCUAGCCGCAAAACUGCUUCAAGUGCAAGAGCAGAAACAUUCAAUCGAAACUCCCUAUGGGAUGGUGACAGUCACAAUUCAGGGUUCCCCCAAACCCAAGAGGCCAGCGAUUGUAACAUUCCAUGAUGUGGGGAUGGACCAUAAAAUGUGCUUUGGAUCUCUGUUUGAAAACGAGGACAUGUAUGAGAUUGUGAAGAAUUUUGUUGUUUGCCACAUUGAAGCCCCAGGACAAGAGGAGGGGGCAGCCGUCUAUCCUGUUGGGUACCAAUACCCAUCACUUGAUCAACUGGCUGAAACCAUCCCAUCUGUGCUGCAGUAUCUGAAUUUCCCCAGUAUUAUUGGGAUUGGUGUUGGUGCCGGUGCAUACAUCUUGGCCCGAUACACGCUUUCACAUCCUAACACAGUGGAAGGUCUAGUUCUCAUUAAUAUUGAUCCAAAUGCCAAAGGCUGGAUGGACUGGGCUGCACAUAAGCUCACAGGCCUCACUUCAUCCAUCCCAGAAAUGAUCCUAGCACACCUCUUCAGUGCAGAGGAGAUUUCUGGGAGCUCAGACACUGUGCGUCAGUACAAAACCACCAUUCUAAACUCUCCUAUUGUCAGCAACAACCAGCUGUACUGGAACAGCUUCAACAAUCGCCGAGAUUUGAACCUGGAACGUGGAGGGGAUGUCACUUUAAAGUGCCCUGUGAUGCUAGUAGUUGGUGAUCAAGCUCCUUAUGAGGAUGCAGUGGUGGAAUGCAACUCAAAACUGGAUCCAACACAGACUUCAUUCUUGAAGAUGGCUGACUCUGGUGGACAGCCACAGAUUACACAGCCUGGAAAAUUGGCUGAGGCUUUCAAGUACUUUGUACAGGGAAUGGGCUACAUCCCCCACAUUCUGGAUAAGAAGCGCAGUAUGGGUGGCAUCCUCAUGCAUGACUCGUCUGUCUCGCUCGCGCACCGCCUCUCUGUCCAGCGAGGGGAAUCGCUCACGCUCUCGUACCCUGUCACAGAGCAGCGAGUCAGGGGGAGCACCACCAGGAACAUUCACGGAGGUGACCUGCUGAGAAGCAGAGAUGCUGGGGACAUGUGAUCGUCCCGCUCUGUUUGAGAGGAAGGCAUUUUAGCAGCGCUAAUUAUGCUAUAUAGAAAGCUAAAAAACAAACCCAGACUUCACGAGAGAUAACAAGAUGUCUGUACCUGUCUGUCUUUCUUUCUCUCCUAUCUCAAGAUUUUUAUUACCCUUUUUUUCUGAUCACUUUGCCUUUCUUUUAUACUUACAGUUCAUAUACUUGUGUAAAAGAGAUUUGCAGGGUUUGCUUAACUUGGAGUAGCAUACAGCUGAAUAGACUAACCUGAGUUCACAAGGGUUCUUUAGAUAUCUAAGGUUUCUUUUUCUUCAGUGUAUUCUGUGAUUGUUUUUAUUUUAUUUUUUUUCUUCCAUUGACCUUCCCUAUUUUGAUCUCUCCAAAGCCAGGCAGACUACAGAACAGUUCUUUACAGUUCCACCUCCAUGUAUCUCUAACUAAUUGCAUCACCCUAACAAGCCUUCCCUGGCACAUGAUAAGUCAUAAUAUGGGGUAACGUCACCUCCUAACAUUAUGCCCAAGAGGAAUUGAGGGGGGGUGGGAGUUGCAGGGAAAGUUCUCAAAGGUCCAACCACUGGAAUACUUAUCAUUGUUGAGGUCACUUUAAAGAUUGCAGCACAAUGAAGAACAGCGCAAAAUCAUAAGAUAUUUCAUGCUACUUAGACGCCCUAAAGCUGGCGUCUUUAAGAAAGUUCAGCUUCCUUUAUAUGCUUUCCUUUGCAAUAGUAGUAUUUGAUGCCUUUUUUUUUUUAUACUUUUGCCAUAACUCUUCCUCCGCUGCCACUUGCUCAGGGUUGCUUCCGUGAGUCUUAGGGGGAGAUUUUAUAAAACUAGUAUUUGCUUUUUAGUUGUAAAAACAUGUAGAUACAGCACAGGGUAGAUGCAUAUUAUUUCUUUUAUUGUCUUUAUUUUAUUUUUUUAAAUAAAUGUGUAGAUUGGUUGGGAACAUGUAUAGUUAUAAGAUUAAAAGUGUCUCAUAAUUCCAUCCUAAUUCAAAAUGGCAUCCUACCAGUAACGGCCCCACUGUAGAUAAAAGCUGGUAAUGUCACUAUCUAUAAUAAUACCUAGAUAUAAGAUCAUUAAAACUUAGCUGUAAUUGUUAGAAUCGGAAUAAGAAGUAAUACUAGGGACAUUUACAAUCAAGCCACCUAUUUCUUCUCUACAGUAUUCAUUUUGAUAUAGUUCUUCCAUUAAGGGUACAGUGGAUUUUUGACUAAAUGAUGCCUUCACCAUGACCAUGCACAGCUUAGAAUCACUAGUACCAACUACAAAACACCAUGUCAAGAGAACAAUCAGUAUUGUACUAUGAUCAUUGUGCCAACCAUACACUGUAUCACUAUUUUGCCUUGAGUGUUACAACACAUAACAUGUAUUUACGCAAAUUUUCUGACUAUAAUCAGGAACAUUAUGUAUAUGUUUUCAUUAAAAGGCAGAAGCUACUUUGUGAACUAUUUAUACUUUUAACAAUAAAAUCCUUGUCAUUGCAGAGGAUAAGUUUGGCUUCUCUUAAUGUUACUAAAUGAGAGCUGUUGAGUUUAAUACUUAGUGCACCCAACAAUAUCCUAAUGCAGACACUGUAAAUGCUGGGUGCCCUUCUUAUUGUAGUGGUAUGCCACUCUUGGCACAAUAUUGUGAAAGGGAUAUAGUGGUAAGAGCAAGUUUACCCGUCAUUUAUGCAGCGUAUCCAACCAACUCGCAGGAGGUCUUGAAACUUGGUCUUGAGCUUGCCUUACUGAGUAGAUACUUUACGACAGUCUACUAUGUAGAGGCCAGCCAGACUACCUUCCAACACUGGCAUUUGGUGAGACACGGCUAGGGCACGUUGUAUGCCCAGUCUUUUCCUACUCUAUUUGAGUUGCUGCCCUAAUGCAUACACAUGUAUAAGGCCCUGGGUUGAUAUUUUGUGACUGAAUCUACUGAAAGGUUUCUUCCUCUCAAAGUGUUAACUUUUGUAAGUUUGUAUAGAGAAAGGCGGUACAUCGUGUUUUCAGUCUGGAUGUUCGGAAGGGUUGAUGUAUAGAAGGGGGCAUUCUGUAUAGGAUUCAUUUUGUUCUUAUAUUUUCUGUUAGUUUUAUUCCCCCACACUGUAAAAUAAAAUAUUAAAGAAA